AUGCAUGUCGCGGGAGUGAGCUUGGAUCUGAAUUGGUUCCUUCAAUUCAUAUUUACUGCGUUUAUAAUAGCGUUUGGAUUGCUACACUUUGUGAAGAACACGGCCUCGAAGUACUUUGAGGUCGACGCCAACUUCGAAGGAGGAGACCACAGUGAUCGGACCCAAAUGCCGGGCGCUCUAAUGGAGGAUCCGGUUUGUGCCGUGUGUGGCAAUUCGGGUCCCAAGAAGUGCUCUCGCUGCAAAGCCGUUAGAUACUGCUCGCAAAAGUGCCAAGAAAAACAUUGGAAAUCAGGGCAUAAGACAGAAUGCAAAAACACGUUGAGUAAUUCUAGAUUUAAAACUUCAGGCGGUGGGGGUAAAACUUUCUCCGGACUCGCACUUGUUCCCAUUCGUGGAAUUUCUAAGCAUAUCAAGAAGCCGAAAGAGAUUCUUUUUCCCUAUGAUGAAUUUGUUCAACUUUUCAAUUGGGACAAGCUCAGAUUUCCUCCUUGUGGACUCUUAAAUUGCGGAAACAGUUGCUUUGCCAACGUGGUUCUACAGUGUCUUUCGUCCACUCGACCGCUUGUUGCCUACUUGUUAGUGAAGGGCCAUCGGAGAGAAUGCAUAUGUGAAGAUUGGUGCUUUCUUUGUGAAUUUCAAACCCAUCUUGAAAGAGCAAGCCAAAGUUCCCAGGCCUUUUCACCAACCAACAUUAUCUCUAGAUUACCAAAUAUUGGUGGUAAUCUUGUCCACGGGAGGCAGGAGGAUGCGCAUGAACUCAUGAGGUUUGCCAUUGAUACAAUGCAGUCAGUCUGCCUUAGUGAGUUUGGUGGAGAGAAAGCUGUACAUCCUAGCACUCAAGAGACAACCAUUAUUCAACAUAUAUUUGGUGGCCUGCUACAAUCUCAGGUGAUUUGUACAAAAUGCAAGAAUAUAUCAAAUCGGUAUGAUAAUAUGAUGGAUUUAACUGUCGAAAUUCAUGGGGAUGCUUCAUCAUUGGAGGAAUGUCUAGACCAAUUCACCAUCAAGGAGUGUCUUGAUGGAGAAAAUAAGUAUAAAUGUGAUGGGUGCAAUGACUAUGUCAAGGCUUGCAAGCGCCUUACUGUUAAGCGCGCUCCAAACAUUCUCACAAUUGCCUUGAAAAGAUUUCAGAGUGGGCGGUUUGGGAAAAUUAACAAGAGAGUAACAUUUCCUGAAACUUUAGAUUUGAACCCCUACAUGAGUGAAACGGGAGAUGGUGCAAAUAUCUACAAGCUUUAUGCUGUUGUUGUACAUGUGGAUAUGCUAAAUGCUUCAUUCUUUGGACACUACAUCUGUUACACCAAGGACUUUGGUGGAAACUGGUAUAGAAUUGAUGACUGUAAGGUUGCGACUGUAAAUUUGGAAGAGGUGCUUUCCCAGGGGGCAUAUAUGCUAUUAUAUAGCAGGGUUCAGCCACGAGCAACUUGUCUAACCCUUGAACCUCCAAGGAAAACAGAGGAAAUGAUCGAUGUUGAAGUACAGCCAUGCCGUAAAGAACAAGUUGAAUGUUCCACUGUUGAGUCUGCAGAUUCUACAUGCCAUUCUGGGUCUGUACCAUCUGACACUAGUCUGCCUCCGCAGAUUUCCAGCUGUGUAGAAGACUCAAGUGCUGUAAUAAUCCCUGAAGCAGUAAGAGAACAUUCUGAUAAUGCAGAUCUUAGCCUUAAAUCACCAUCAUCUGUUCCGAAAGAGGUUUGCAUAUUUGAAAAUAAUACGCUUAGUUCCCUGUCGAGUCCAUCUGUUUCAAGGGAGAGGGAGAUUUCUAGUUGCGAGAAGGUCCCUGCUGGUAAAUUGGAUUUAGAUACAGUAAGAGGAGAUCCAGUCAUAGCUAUACCUAAUGGUGAGUCAUGUCGGCCUGUUUUGGAUGAUGUAUCAGCACGCUGUGAGAAGGAUCUCUCUUCUUCAGGUGGUGAAUAUGUAAAUGGCAAUUCAGAAGACAUGGAUAUCGAUAAUUGCAAGUCAGGUUCAUUGGUUGCAGAGGACAUUGGAAUUUGCAGGAGCAAUGGGCCAACGUGUGCAGAUGGAAUCACUUCUCCAGUUGCACAUUCUGGUUUCCUGAAUGGGAAUGGAGUCUGUAGAGUAGAAAAAGUAGACAAAGGUUAA